GAAGUGAAAGAGGACCCCACCGGGCCCAACGAGGACCCCACCAGACCCAACGAGGACCCCACCAGUUCCAAAGAGACCAUGUCCACAUGGAAGGCCGGUUGGGUGAAAAAGGACUCGGGCAGGUUCCUGGCCAGCUAUAAGGACCGCUACAUCCAGGUGAAGAGGACAGAGCUUGUGGUGUACGAGAAUGAGGUACGGUACAUUUCAAUAAACUAUUAAAGGCCUAGUGCAGUCAGAAACGUGAUUUUCCUAUGUUUAAGAUAUAUUUCCACACUAUGAGGUUGGAAUAAUACUGUGAAAUUGGGAUAAUGCCUGAAAAGAGCUGUUUGAAAAGACUGCCUGAAAUGUCAGCCUGUUUAGGUGGGAUGGAGUUUUGACCUGCCUGGUGACAUCACCAGGUGGUAAAUUAGUUAAUGAGACCAAUAAGAAGGAGAGUUCCAAACCUCUCUGCCAAUAACAGCACAUUUUCCGUUUCCCCCUCCUCACUCAGACCACUCACAGACAGUCCUAGCAAAAUUAUUGAACGGCAAUUAGAAAAACAGUAUUGGAAUUGGAUUUUCAGUUAACUUGCUAACUUGACUGAAUUGAAAUAUAAUUGACCCUAACCCUGCAGGACACUACUUGUAUUUAUGAUAAAACUCAGUGAAAAUGACACUUUAGAACAAGAAUAUUAAACAGAAAGUUCAAUUUGCUGAAAUGAAUGUUGUGAUGUUACUACAUUCAUUAUCAUAUUUACAUUUACAUUUACGUCAUUUAGCAGACGCUCUUAUCCAGAGCGACUUACAGUUAGUGCAUACAUUACUUUUUUCAUACCCCCCGUGGGAAUCGAACCCACAACCCUGGCGUUGCAAACGCCAUGCUCUACGAACUGAGCUACAUCCCCUGCCGGCCAUUCCCUCCCCUACCCUGGACGACGCUGGGCCAAUUGUGCGCCGCCCCAUGGGUCUCCCGGUCGCGGCCGGCUACGACAUGUCUGUCAGAUGAUAUACUGUAUCAAUGCAUUUUAUUGCAUGUCUGUCAGAUGAUAUACUGUAUCAAUGCAUUUUAUUGCAUUUCUGUCAGAUGAUAUACUGUAUCAAUGCAUUUUAUUGCAUGUCUGUCAGAUGAUAUACUGUAUCAAUGCAUUUUAUUGCAUGUCUGUUAGAUAAUAUACUGUAUCAAUGCAUUUUAUUGCAUGUCUGUCAGAUGAUAUACUGUAUCAAUGCAUUUUAUUGCAUGUCUGUCAGAUGAUAUACUGUUUUCUCUCACUUUUAAUAACUAUUUUCAUAAACACUCAGUAGUCCUUCAAUUUCCACCCGGCGGCUUUAUAAACAUUAAACACACACACACACACACACACACACACACACAUGCUUCUGGAAUAGAACGUCAGUUAAUUAAAGGUGCAAUUUGCCCUUUAACGUAAACAACAUUCUGCCUCUUUGGUGCAGGACCUUGCGACCUGCUUGGAGAGAGUGGACCUGGAAAACUACGAUAAGUGCCACGAGUUGAGGAGCGCCUUCACAAAGAAGAAGAAUAGACUGGUGUUGAUACGAGCGGCCAAAUCAGGGAAUAAGGUGAGCAUAAAUGUAACAACCUUGUAAGCGAGCAGAGAGACGCAUGUCUCUGAAUCUCUGAAUCAAAAGGUCUGUCUGUUUGCUGACAGGCUUGGGUUCAAAUAGUAUUUGUUUUCUUUCAAAAACUUUAAGAGUUUGAUCGAAAGCAAACCUGGAAUGCCAGAUGAGCGGGGUUUGCACUUUUGGGAAUGUUCCAUUGUUUCCAUUGUUCCAGGAAAGCUCAAUCAAGCACAGCUAAAACCCAGGUCUACUUCCAGAGGAUAACUUAGGUCAGAAGCAUUACUGUAAAUGAAACUGCCAUAUGUAAUGUCGGCCUAUGUGAAGGGAAAACCAUAGAAUGAGAAAUUGAUAGAACGGACAAAGCUCCUCAUACAUGUGCAAUGCAUCAAUUAUUCAAACAUUCCAAAUGUUAAUUUGAAUGGAAAUGUCUGUUCUACUAACUCACAUUCUAUGGGUGAAAUGCAGAAGACAGAUGCUGUCACAUAGUGAUGUCAUCAUCAGCAAGGCUUGUCUUGAAUUAUUUCUCAACGGACACUAAGGAGAGCGAUCUGGGAAAAUGAGCUGAGUUGGACGGUCAGUCGUCUAGACAAGUAUUUCUCAACCUCCGGUCUGUAGACCGGCACUGGCCCAUGGGAGAAUGCUGACCGGUCAGUCAGUUAGUUAGCUCACAGAGAUUUAGUCAAUUCUCAAGUGAUUGUUUUAAUUCAAGAGGUCUUAAACCCAAGUUGACCUCCGAAAAGUGGGAGUGGAGGUCAAAUAGGGGAAAAAAUCAAGAGGUCUUCCAAGUAAGAGUCGGUCCAAAGCUUGUUGGUAUGAAAGAAAUUGAGAAACUGGUCUGGACUAAAGUAGCCUACAUAACUAAGACCCUUCAUUCAAGAUCUUUCUCAGUUAGUCUCCAGCUUGUCUUCAGUGUGUAUACAGCUUUGGGCUCAUUCACACAACUA